UAAAAUACUAGAGGAUUGUAGCAAUUGUUUAUCUCCGGAUGGCACCUUGAGUUUCAUAUUUUAGGUAUUUGCCUUACAUUGUAAAUGCAGACGGAGAAUGUGUUUCCUCGCUACGAGAUGUCAAAUUAUGGCCAAGGAUUCGUCAUCAUUUAUCUGGACAAUAUAACGUAUGAUGAGACAAAACUUAUAUUCAGAGUAGAGGACGCGUUUUCAGACAACGAUUCAAGCCGUCAGCCAGCGACUAUUAAGAUUUACGACUACUACAAGCCAGAACGAUCGUGUAUAAAGCAGUACAGCAUCAGCUCAAACCAUGGACAAGGAAUAAAAUACACGUGUAUGGAAGGGAGCGACCAGUGUCAAUGCACGCAAAGUUGUAUGAAGCAAGUGAAUCAGGAGCUCUUUGAAAUGGCGCUUAAAUUUGUCUCGGAAAAAGAUGCUGCGAAACGACGGAAGCUUCCUAAACCAGUCGACACUCUGAUGGACUAUGCGUGCAACUUUAAGAAAGCAAACUUUGUUGUUAAAGUCAACGUGACAGACGUUAGCAAUAACCCUAAGAGGGAUGUAAUUUUUGCACACGCUGUCAUCUUGGAAGCACUGCUGCAAGGUAGAGACGCGUUGAGAGAGGGAGCCGACAUGGAAUUCGAAUGGGACGUGACAUGUUCACAUCCCGAACUGACUUUGGGAAAGAUCUAUUACAUAAUAGGCAAGGACGGGACUACUUUCAAUGUAAAUGGAAUGACGAGAGUGAGGUAUGACUUGAUGGGCACAGCACUUGUGAUCGACCCGGAGUUCAAACCACUUCUUAGGGUCCUAAUGCACUCUUUCGUAACAGAACUAAAGAUCAAUAAAGGAUGCCUUAACUAAGAGUCGAAGCAUUCACCAAUCACGUGAUCACAUUUGUCCGAAAUCAAUACUCGAGUUGUAUUAGAUUUAGAUUUUUUAUUGUUAAUUAUAAUAUUUGAAUAUUAAUUAAUAUACUAGUAUAGGAAACCGAGAUGAAGAUCGUCACAAUACUUGCAGACUUAAACCUAAGAAUCAAAAAUAGGCUUGAAACAAAAAUGUUCUAAGAACGCAUUUAUAUUUAAUCUACCGGUGUGUUGAAUCUUACAGGGUGUUCCACAUCUGAUAUCUAUAACAACCAUAUAUAAUGAUAUACAAAAAUUACCAGAAUAUGUCUAAGAUGUGUACUUUUAAGCCAUUU